GUUUCUUUUAAAAAGGACUUUGUUGUCAAAGGCGAUUAUGGACACCUUGUUGUUGAAAACACGAUACUGGUGAUGGAAAUAAUAUUGGAAAAACAUAAAGAUGGUACAAAAACGAUCGGUGUUACCAAAGAUGAUCUUGUCCAUGAAAUUGGUAAAAAACUAAGUACUCAAUGGAAAGAGCUUGGGAGAAACCUAGUAAUACCUGGUGAUAGAUUAGACAUUAUAAACCACGAUGAAUAUGAAGUGGAAGAAAAAGCAAUUCAAGUUUUUCAACAUUGGAAAAGAAAUACCGGAAAAAAUUCUACUGUGAAAACUUUAUUUCGUGUUUUGUCCAAUUUUUGCUUUGGAGAUGCUUCAGAAUAUUUACGAGAGGGCCUUCCAUGUGUAAUUUCGUCGAACUAUGAAGAAGUCUUCAGAGAUAUGUUUCUUGACGAAGAUUACAACAUUCGAGACGACAUUCACGAUAUAUUCAAAGAAGUCUUCAGAGAUAUGUUUCUUGACGAAGAUUACAACAUUCGAGACGACAUUCACGAUAUAUUCAAAUUAGUCUUUGGGAUACAUGGAGCGUAUGGAAUAGUGAAUAAAGAUAAAAACAAAAACAUGCCAUUUGAACAUCUUUAUGUCACAGUUCAUGAACAAGAAAGAAUCUAUGAAGAAAUUUUAAAAGAAAGGAUCGAUAAAGAAUUUGGAUGGAAAGCUUCAACAUUCAUCGAAUUUCGUCGUACAUCAUCUUCAUCAUUUAGGUUUAUAUUGUUAGGUCAUGUUCGUGCCAGGAAUAGUUCAUCAAAUUUGUCGCAGAAAUUUAGUGAUGACAAUAAGUGUUGCGGUGCCUUGACAAUGUUCUGUCGUCAAAAUGAAAAUUACUAUGCAUUAACCUGCGGGCAUGUUGCUUGUGACACCAAAGAUUUACAAAAUGAUGUUCCAAAAAUAACCGAUGUAAUAAAUACCAGAAAUGCAAAUGAUGUUAACAUGUAUUUCUACCAUCCACACAACUCCAAAGAGGAAAUACAACUGAGUACUGUUCCCUGCGACACUGUUAGUAAGUUUAACAGUGAAGCAGAUAUCAUGUGUAUUCCAGUUGGAAAUAAAGACAAUUUUCAGCGUCUAGGUGGAGAUAAUAUGAAAAAUCUUGCUUUGAAUUUCAAAGAAAUAAACGAAGAGCUUUACAAAACAGCAAACAGCAAUAAAGGUCUUGUAAACGUUCGUACCAGUAAUCACGUCACUGGUUUUAUCAUUGAACGAAAUUUUUCGUACAUUGACGCUUCUUCAACGACAAUUUUCAAAAAUGCCGUCAAGGUAAAGAGUAGUGCCUCAUUUCUGGAGAAAGGUGACUCAGGAACUCUUGUCUAUUUCAAAGAUAGAAAAGAUCUUUGGCGGCCAUUUGCAUAUGGCGUGUGCAAAAUUGAUGAUGAGGAUGACGAUGAUGGUGAUGAUGACGACGAUUGUUAUAAGUAUGACAAUAAUGGUAACUGCGAAGAUUUCAAGGAAUACUAUUUAUGCUUAAAAUUGGAUAAAGCAUUAAAAAUGCUCGAUCUAAAAGAUUGUGAAUUCUUUAUAGAAGCAGAAAAUGUUAACCAUAGCGCUUCAUCGAAUUGAAGAAAAUUGCAAAAAAUGAUGAUAUACAAUAUGCAUGCUUCAUACAAUCCGAGUUAACAAGUUUAUCGUAAAAAAGUUAAUGUAUGUAAUUUAGCUUUCUUGUAAGGAUGGUUCUUUAGAUGUUGAUUUUGUAAAGUUUCGAGGCAUUUAAAUUUUGUCGAUUUAAUUAAAACACUGCAAUGUAUGUGUUUUAAAUAUAGAUGAAACUUUAAAUGUACUUAAA